UCCAGUAUUGAUCGGACAGGUCACGUGGUCGGGCUCAUUCAGAUUAACUCUACUAUGAAUCUGUUGUCAGUUAGAGGUACGACUGAAGGUAUUCAUUGAUGGAAGUUAUCUCCCGAACAUAAGCCGGAAUAAGAAAGACGGGCAGCAGAGUGUCAUAUGAAUCUUCAAGAUGAACGGCGAGGGAAGCUUCAACAGUUCUCAGGUGGUCAUCACAGAAAAGCUUUCCUCACAAGGUUACAUGGCCACUGGAAUAUAUUUGACAGUUUUGGGUGUGGUGGCGUUGUUUGGAAACACCUGUGUGAUUCUGGUUGUUUUGAUGAAGCGGAUGCUAUGCAAGAGUUUCAACCACCUCAUCCUCAACCUAGCCCUGGCGGACCUCUGUGUCGGCAUCAUAGCCUAUCCCAUGACAGCGGCGUCUGGAUUCGCUGAAAGAUGGUUGUUUGGCGAAUUUGGCUGCAUCUUCUCUGCUUACAUCAUCUUCUUGCUCAGCAUGGUCAGCAUCAACACUAUGCUCGUCAUCGCCAUCUUCAGAUACACCUUCGUCUGCAAGCCACAAUAUAACUACCUUACAAACGUCGAAUAUAUGAAAUUCGUCAUUGGUGGAAUUUGGGGCCAUGCCCUCAUCUGGACGUCGUUGCCUCUAGUUGGUUGGAGCAGCUAUACAUUGGAACCCUACGGAACUUCCUGCACCUUAAACUGGCAGGGGACUUCGCUCUCAGAUUUCUCCUAUUCAAUAUCAUCACUGGUGACGUGUUACAUUAUUCACAUUGUCAUCAUCACCUUCUGUUACGUUAAGAUAACGUUUAAGGCAAGGUCCCUGCGUUUUGGACUCACAUCAAAUGAAAGGUUUCUAGAGAUGGAAAAGCUACUGGUGUUCCAGAAGAUGCAAGUUGAACGAAACGUCACUAUGAUAUGUAUUGUGAUGGUGACAUCCUAUCUCACAGUGUGGACUCCUUAUGCACUGUUCUCCCUUCUGUCUGUGCUGAGGAUAAAAGUACCAGUCGCUGCCUCGUGUCUUCCAACCAUGUUCGCUAAGCUCAGUUGUGCCUUGAACCCCAUCAUCUACACAGUCGGAUCCAGUAGAUUCAGACAUGCCUUAGCCUCAGUCGUGCCGUGCUGCAGACCAUCGAGCAGACUACGGACCAGGUCGGGAGCCCUCAAGUACAGACACACACGGUUUACCACUAUCGUGAACACCAACGAUUCUUGUGUUGGUCAUGAUCAAGUCAGAACAAGUAUUGCAGGCAGGAACAAGUAAUUUAUAUGUGUUGUGUUGAGAAGGUGUGUGAUAGAUGGAUGAUGUGAGUUUGUGAGUAAAUAUUGCAUGACACCGCAUCAGCAAUCUUGCAGCCAUUUGCGAUGGAAAAAUGUUUUGAUGAUAGAACGCGAUUCCCGGACCAAAACGUUCGGUGCCGGAUAUACUGUACACGCUUUUUGAGCAGAACUUCAUCUGGAAGAGAUGCGCUAUUGAAAUUCAUUGUUUAUCAUUACACUUAACUAAAGUGCUAACAAUAAACCUAUAAGUU